GUCCUGGGACCCCCGGCCAUGGGUGCGCGAGCCCACCACGGAGCCCAAGUAUGCUCUGGCACCAACCCCAGGAAGUGCCAGGACCUAGGAGACUCAAUCCUUCUGAUUCUGGGCAGCUUCAUCUUGCUCAACGUGGGGAUCAAUGUGAUGACUCUGCUCUGGAGGCAUCUGAAGAGCUCCUUGCGGAUUCUUUUCCAUCAUUUUUUCCCCAAAGGCUCCGUGCUGGGCUACCUGGAGUUGGGGAAUGUGGAAUGGAAUAUCUCAAAUGAUGCCAAAGACAAGUUCUUACAGCCCAAGACCUUCCCUUAUUUCAGCUUCCAUCCCUGCAGUUCUGAGAGGAGAAACACAGACUCUCAGACUCCGGUCCACCCCAAAUCCCUGGUCUACUCCAAGGAUGCCACACCUUCUCAACCUUGCUUUCAUUCUCCAACCAGUGCCCAGAGCUCACUGAGGACCAUUCCUCCCCCAUGCACUCUUUCUCUGCCUCUUACGUCUCCCAGAUCCUUUGUCCCUCAUCAACCCUCCAGCCACCAGAAGCCCUCCACCUCAAUGCAACCCCCCACCUUUCCCCCAACCUCCAAGUCUUCUCACUCCACCCCCUCUUCCCAGUUCCCCAUCCCUCCACAGUUCUCUAAGACUUUCCAACCCCAACCCCCUGAGCUUCAGGAGAGUCUAGGCCUCAACCAAGAUUCUGGCCUCCAAAGGACUCCAAGCCCUUCAAAGGACUUGAGAGUUCCCAGGAACCCAGGCCUUACCCAAAAUCCAGGCCUCUAUAAGAACCCAGGCCUCGUUCAAGAUCGAGGCCUAAAGAAGCCCCCAGGCCUUUUUCAAGACCCUUAUCUCUGCAAGAGUCCAAGCCCUUCCCAAGAUUCUGGACCUCACAAGAAUCUGGUCAUUACCCAAGAUUCUGGCCCCCAAAAGAGCUUAGGUCCUACUCAAAAUGCAGGUAUCUUUAGAAGCCCAUGUCUCGCCCAACCUUGUGGCCUCCACAAGAACAUACCAUUUCUCCAAACUUCUGACAUUCAGAGGAGCUCAGGCUUUAUGCAAAACUCUGGAGCCUACAGGAAUCUAGAACAAAACCAAGAGACUAUACAUUGUAAAAGUCAAGAUCUCUCCCAAACUACUGGCCUCCAUAAUAGCCCAGGCCCUUCUCAAGAUUCUGGAAUUUACAAGAGUACAGGUAAUGCUCAUGAGGUGGGAGUCUCUAGGAGUCUAGGCCUUCCUCAAGAUUCUUGCCCACAGAAGAGCCUAUACCAAGACUCUGGAGUCAACAAGAGCCCAGGCUUGAUCCAAACCUCUGGUCUCUGUAAGGGCUCAGGCCUCACCCAAGACUCCGGAGACUACAAGAAUACAGGCCUUACGGAAGAUUCUGGAGUCAACAGGGACUUAGGCCUUACUCAAGAUUCCGGUCUCCAUAAGAAUCCAAGCCUUACACAAGCCACUGGAGUCAAAAGAGGUGGCUGUACGCAAGACGUUGGAAUUUACGGGAGCCCGGAAUAUAUCCAAGACCCUAACUUCCACAAGUGCCCAGGAAUUAAUCAAGAUCCUGGCCCCAGUAAGGGCCCAGCCCUUACCCAAGACCAUGGCCUCCCCAAGACUCAAAGCCUUAUUGGGGAAUCCAGCCUCCACAAGGAUUCAUCCCUUAUCUCAAAUCCCAACCACCACAAGAACCCAGGCCUUGCUCUAAGUACCGACUCAGUCCAAGUCUUGGGCCUACCUCAGACCCUAAAGUCAUCACUGUGCCUGAUGAAGUCAUGUGUAUCUGAGGAGGCUCCUCGGAAGGAAGAUGUGCAACAGCAACUACCAUGGACUUCUGUCCCACUUAGUCAGAACUCCAGCUCCUCCAAGCCCCAGGUGAUGAUCUGCGAUGACCUGCAAACCUUCUCAGAGGUCCCUUUGCUAAUUGAGCUGCAGCCAUCCCCCCGGCGAGCAGGCAGCCGCGACUGGGUGUACCGUCCCGUGGAUACAGUGCCUUCAGCCUACCAGAGCUAUCGCCAGAUGUCUAUGCCUCCCAAAAUCAACUGGAAGCCCUACUGCCCUGGGUCGGGCACCCGGGUAGGGCAUGUGGUCUUUGAUGCCCGCCAGAGACAGUUUGGGGUGGGCAGGGACAAGUGUGAAGCUCUGUCUCCCAGGCGCAGUCACCAAGAGGCAUCCAGCAACCCCCUGGAGGCCAAAAAGGAGUGGGGAUAUCAGUGUGUGAUGGGGACCUUGGAAAAAGAGGGGACAAAGGUGCAUCAGGAAUAAAGAGGCAAGAGAAGUGUUCUGUGGUUGUUUGGGAACAUCUACCCCAGCCCUGUUCCUGAUGCUGGCCACCCACAGGGCCUGAUGAGGACUGGUACUAUAUCCCUGCCCUUGUUUCUCUUGCAUUCCUGCAUGGCAAAACCCCUGAUCCCCAAGGCCUAGAGCUGCAUUGUCCAAU